AUGGUCGCCCACAGCGCCGCCGCCUCAACCCCUCUGUCGGUGCCAUCAUCAUCAUCCUCACGCUCCACCAUCCCGUCCACCAUCCCCAACUACAACGUGGCCCCUCCCAACCUCACCACCCUCCCCAACAACUCCCUCUUCGACACCUGGCGACCCCGCGCGCACAUCCUCCCGCCGACCGGCCAAAUCGGCGACCCCUGCAUGCACUACACCGACCCCUCGACGGGCCUCUUCCACGUCGGCUGGCUGUACAACGGGGCUGGCAUCGCGGGCGCCACCACCGCCGACCUGGCCAUGUACCAGGACCUGAACCCUAACGGCAGCCAGGCCAUUGUGCCCGGCGGCAAAAACGACCCUGUGGGGGUCUUCGACGGCUCCGUCAUCCCCGAGGGCAUCGACGGCCUCCCGACCCUCCUGUACACCUCCGUCUCCUACCUCCCCAUCCACUGGUCCAUCCCCUACACCCGCGGCAGCGAGACCCAGUCCCUCGCCGUCACGAAUGCCUCCUCCGCCGGCCGCAACUUCACCAAACUCCCCCAGGGCCCCGUCAUCCCCUCCCCGCCCUUCGCCGCCAACGUAACCGCCUUCCGCGACCCCUACGUCUUCCAGUCCCCCCAUCUGGAUGCCAUCCUCCCCUCCGGCCCGACCAACCUCUCCACCGCCCCCUGGUACACCGUCAUCUCCGGCGGCAUCCACAACGCCGGCCCCACUCAGUUCCUCUACCGCCAGCACGACCCUGACUUCCAGUACUGGGAGUAUCUGGGACAGUGGUGGUCCGAACCCACCAACUCCACCUGGGGCAACGGCACCUGGGCCGGCAGAUGGGGGUUUAACUUCGAGACCGGCAACGUCUUCGCCCUCGACGCGGAGGGCUAUAACCCCUCCGGCGAGAUCUUCGGCACCCUCGGCACCGAGGGCUCCGACCUGCCCAUUAUCCCGCAGGUGACCAGUAUCCACGACCAGCUGUGGGUUGCGGGGAACGUGUCCAUGACUGACUCUGACUCGGUCACUUUCACCCCGUCCAUGGCCGGCUUCCUCGACUGGGGGUUCUCGUCCUACGCUGCCUCCGGGAAGGUCCUGCCGUCUUCUUCCCAGCCCUCGACAGACAGCGGCGCCCCUGACCGCUUCAUCUCCUUCGUCUGGCUCACCGGCGACCUCUACCAGCAAGCGGAGGCAUUCCCGACCGAUCAGCAGAACUGGACCGGCUCCUUACUCCUCCCCCGCGAACUGACCGUCCUGGCGAUCGACAACGUAGUCGACAAUGCCCUUUCGCGCGAAGCAGAAACCUCCUGGCGCGUGUCCAGCACCGACGCUGCCUCCGGGACCGUGACCCUCCGCACCCUGGGCAUCUCCAUCGCCCGCGAAACCAAAUCCAAGCUCUUCUCGGGGUCGGGGUCUACAUCCACCGAACGAGACAGAACACUCACCUCUGCAGGAGUGACCCCCUUCUCCCGCUCCCCGGAAAGCAAAUUCUUUGUCCUCUCCGCCCGCAUCUCCUUCCCCUCGUCCGCUAGGGACUCUGCCCUGCAAUCUGGUUUCCAGAUCUUGUCAUCUGACGAGGAACACACGAGUAUAUACUACCAGUUUUCUAACGAGUCAAUCGUUGUGGACAGGAGUAAGACCAGCGCUGCUUCCCGCACCACGGAGGGGAUCGAUAGCGCUACUGAAGCGGGGAAGUUGCGGUUGUUUGAUCUCCAGAAGGAUGGGGAGGACGUUCUCGAGAGUCUCGAUUUGACAAUCGUGGUGGAUAAUUCGAUUCUAGAGGUUUAUGCCAAUGGAAGGUUUGCGUUGAGUACGUGGGUUAGGUCAUGGUAUGCCAAUUCGACGGAGAUUCGCUUCGUGCAUAAUGGCGUCGGGGAGGCGACGUUCGAGAAUGUUACCGUGUCCGAGGGGUUGUAUGAUGCUUGGCCGGAUCGGAAGUAAUCAUUCCCCUCAUGAUGAUUGAGCUUGAAGGUGUUGGAGAAGCAGUG